UCGAUGGCGCAAAUUAAUAUCUUAGCGAAGCUCCCGAAAGACUUCUUUGAAUUACUUGGAUCGUCUAAAUGGAAAGAUCGGAAGGAGGCUUUGGAGAAACUGCUCAAUGAAUUGGAUAUCGUUGGACCGUGCGCGAGACUAGAUCAGAGUGCUAAUUAUGGAGAAUUAAUGGGCGAACUCAAACAAGUUAGUGCAUUCUUAAAAUUACUUGAUUUUCAUUGA